AGGGUGUACAUACUCGAAUACGACAUAACGUUUGAAGGAACCGAAUGAAUCAACAACGUCAACAAACGGUCGUCAAACUAUUGACCUUCCGACUUCCAAACGGCUUCUUGAGUUUCGAUUUCUUCUCGCGAAUAUGUUACAUGGGCUGUGGUUAGUCGCCACGCACCCAACGAAUAGUGGAUUGGAUGAGACAGAACGAGAAUGAAGACGCAAGUUGCAAACCUCGCGUUUUCCGUCGCCACUGGACAAGUAUUGGUAAAAUGGCUGUAUUGCCUUCGUUACUCGUCCAAUUGACGAACAGUUUGCAACUGUGGCUCACCGACUCGCAGGGCUACAACUUUGGUCAAGAAACCAUGACCAAAAAGGCUUCCUCCGACAGUCCAACCUCUCUGUUAACGCUGGAAGAUAUCAUGCACACCAUAACCGAUAUACAGAAGGACUUGCAUGCAACGAAAGCACGGGUGACCGAGCUCGCUAUUGCCAAGGUAGACGAUCCCUCCGACAACCACCGUUCUCCAUUCAUGUGGUGGCGUCCUCCGUCUUCCCGCACUACCUCCAACAGUGCCGAUCCAGUGCCGUGCAUGCGUGUAGAUGCUCCUCGUUUCUCGGGCGACGAUCCUACGGCCUGGAUUUUCAGGAUCCAAAAGUACUUUGACUACUCUCUUACGCUAGAAGCAGAGCGCCUCCAAUUGGUCUCCAUGUUGAUCAAUCACCCGACCUCCGAUUGGUUCCAUUACUAUCAAUCCAACACCUACGACGCUUCAUGGGCAGAUUUUUUGGUGGCAGUGCAACCGCGUUUUGAUCCGCAUUAUUAUGAAAACUACAUCGGAUUAUUGUCUAAAUUGACUCAAACUUCGUCCGUGUUGGACUAUCAAACGUCCUUAGAGUCUUUGCUUAAUAAAGUUUCAGGCGUUCCGGAAGCAAUGUUGAUAUCCAUGUUUGUGGCCGGCUCUGAGCAACCCAUUCAACGAGAGAUAAAUCUUCGUAACCCCACCACGUUGCAAUCUACUUUUGCUUUGGCCCGCGAAUUGGCCGCCUGUCAUCAAGAAGCCGCAACGGCGUUUGGUUCCCCUGCCCACAUGCCCUGGUCCAAUCUGCCACCACCCACAGGAGCGGCUGGCAUCCUCUCUACUCCAAAGUCGGGUGUUCGGCCCAACCCUACAGAGUCGGGGGCAUCGAACCGUGCCGCCGAUGCACUAUCCCGUCGUGAAGAUGACGCCGAGGUAGCAGCCAUGUUCUUGACUUAUGCACGGCCCCUACCCAAGCUACUGGAGGCCGUCGCUGCUGAGAACACAAUGGACCCCGAACUCCGCCAACUUCAUGAAGUCGUGGCGACGGGGACAACAAAACCGGGUUUUACAGUGCAUUCCGGCAUCCUCUACUAUCACCACCGUCUGGUCCUGACCUCAUCCUCUCCUCUUCGCCCCAGCUACUGGCCAAGUACCACAGCUCCCCGAUGGCCGGACAUUAAGGUGAAUGCUCAUCACCAGGAGGUUUCUUAUGCCGUCGGUGAUUUGGUCUUUUUAAAGCUCCGACCGUAUCGCCAACACUCUGUCGCGCGGCCACUCUCAACCAAGCUCUCUCGGCGGUUUCAUGGGCCUUUUCCCAUUUUGGAACGGGUCGGUCAGGUCGCUUACAGAUUACAACUUCCUCUGGAUUGCCGUAUUCACAAUGUCUUCCAUGUUUCUCUCCUGCGCCCCUUUGUUCAAAAUGGUGAGAAUAUCCCUCCGGUCUCCCUCCCAGCAGAUUUCUAUAAAGGCUGUCCGGUUUUGGUCCCUGUGAAGGCACUUGCGGCUCGGACCGUUUUGGUGGAUGGUUUCCCGCAAGACCAGUGGCUGAUUCGGUGGUUGGAUGGCGGGCCGGAAAACAGUACGUGGGAACCUGUUGCCGACGUCCAAUGCCAUUUCCCAGCUCUCGGCCUUGAGGACAAGGCCGUUUCCGACCAGGGGGGUUCAUACGGGGGUUGUCCUCGAUCAUACCGACCCAACAGAUCGUUUUGGUUCCGCAACGCGUUUGUCCAAAGCGGUCCAUUCGGGCCCCUAAAUACGAGCGACAAGCAAAAGAUGGCCUAUUCCGGCGACGCGGCGGCAGAGGCGGCGGCGAAGAAGAAGUACAAAGGCGUGAGGAUGCGAAGCUGGGGGUCAUGGGUGUCGGAGAUCCGGGCGCCAUAUCAGAAGACAAGAAUAUGGCUGGGCUCAUACUCCACCCCGGAGUGCGCCGCCAGAGCCUACGACGCCGCACUCCUAUGCCUCAAAGGCCCCUCCGCCGCCGCCUCUCUCAACUUCCCCCACCACCUCUCCUCCUACCCCAUUCCCCCUUCUCCCCCCGGCGCCGUCUUCUCCCCCAAAGCCAUCCAGCGCAUCGCCGCUGCCUCCGCCGCGAAUUCGCCGCAUUGGGAAGAAGCAGCGGCGGAGACAGACGGCGACGUGGAAUAUUGCAUGGACGACGUCAUCAUCGGUGGGGAAUUGGAAGUUCAUUCCCCUCGCCGUCAUGAGCAAACUCCGGCUGCCAUAAUGGCGGCGCAGUGCAGCUGGUACAACUUUGACUCCCCAAAGUACAGCAACAUGUUCGCUAACGACGGCUUCUUUGCCGGCGACCCACAGUUGAUUGAUCAAAUUUCUUUAGAUGAUAUUUUUUGUAUGGCAGUGUUUAUUUCUAAAAUGGACUCUGCAUUUGACAAACUCAUUGAUUUGCUGGAAAAAGUUCUUUAUGGAGAAAUUGAGCAUGAUGAAGGAGUGUGUAUGGUUUUUGAUCAUGUGUAUGAGAUCAGUAUGACAGUCAUCCAGAACCUCACUAGUGCCCCACUUUCUCCACCAAAUUUGGCUCUUGUGGUCACCGUACAAAACACUGAGUCUCAUGUAGAGGAAUUAAAGGAUGACACAAAUGUCGAAUCACAUGUUGGGGAUGUUAUGGACAGGAGGCCUAAACUCAUGAAUGAAGAUGACGAAAGGUCCAACGCCGUUGAAAAUAAUGAAGAGCUUGCCCUUCUAGAAGGUGCCAACAAGGUGGCAGAUGCAGAUAAAAAGCAUGCGGACAACCCCUUUUCAUUUGACACCAUUAAGUUGUUUGACAAUGUUGAUGCGGUCAAGACAAAGCACCUAGUUUCACCGAGAGAACCUACACUGGGUAUUGGCUCUAUCUCACAUGUUCCCCGAUUUGCUCUAAGAUCCAAGAUGAUUGAAGAUUCAAAGAGUGGACUGCUCCUUUGGUUCAGCAUUCUUUCUCCGGUUUUAAAGCACAAGUGGGAACCUCCACCUUGAGGACAAGAUAUUCAAACUAUUGUCAUUUGGUGUUGUGCCUCAACCAUUCGGAGUACUGUAUUUGGUGGAUAACCAUGUUUUUUGCAUUCUAAUACAGUGGUCGUUCAAUAAAUCAUACAAUAGAAAGACUAAUCAAGAAAGACUGAUCAG